AUGAUAUUAAUAACACUACUGGAAGCUAUUGUCUUAAUUAGUAAUGGAUUUGCCAUUCUAAAUGAGAAGCGAGUCUUAUCAAAAUGUAUUAAAUAUACAAUCAUUUAGAUGGUUUUGAUAAAGUCGAUUAUACAAGAGCACAUGAAGGAGGGUCUUAACACAUGAAAGGAAUUAUUGUCAAUUGGUUAAUGUUUGCAAGAUCGAUGAAAAGUAUAAAUGACUUUAACAUAUAAUAGUAUUCCUUAUUAUAGGUAAUCUCAUUGUUAUUUUAAUUGAGAUUCUAUCAUUUUGAAUUUUAAUAUGUGUCGAAUUAU